AUGUGCACAUUGAAAUUAGGUCGAUAUUUUGCGUUAAUGUUCAUUUGUUUUGCAAUCAUUCAUAGCAUUGUACUUGGUUGUUCUUAUAGUAUUCAUCCAACAUUGGGAUGUGUCUUAUCGAAUUAUGUAUGGGUUCAGUACUCAACAUAUUUCUUUUAUCCAGUUUUAUUUGGUUUCUUACCUAUUAUAAUUGCAUCAUUAUUUAGUAUCUUAGCUUAUCAUAAUGUUCGGCAUAUAGUUCGACGACAAUUACCAAUUGUUCGUCGUAAGUUAGACAAACAAAUAACAGCAAUGGUUCUUAUGCGUGUAAUAGCUUAUGUUUGUUUAGUAGUACCUUACAAUGCUUAUCGUAUCUAUGCCAUUAAUUAUCCUACAUCACGAAGUGUGCCUAUGGCAUAUGCAGUUGGUCGAUUACUUCAAGCAAUUCUUCUGUCUAUCAACAAUAUAAAUUUUAUUAUCAACUUUUAUGUUUUUACAAUAUUCUCAUCGCGUUUUCGGCGUCAAGUAAAAUUUGUGUUAGUAAAAAAAUGUUGGCAGCAAUGGAAAUAUUGGUGUUGUUCUAUGAAUAAUCAAAUUGAACCUGACAAUGAUAUUGAAGCACGUAAUUCACAAAUAGAAUCUGAAGAAAACAUCUAA